AAGGUCAUUUCAAUAGUUUUCCUGGGAGAUUUUAUGGAUGUUCUUCACCUGUUAACCUUGUUGCUGAUAAUUCUUUUUAGAUUAUGAACAGAUUGGAUUUUGGUAUUUAUUCAUACUAAUAUUUACUUUUUAAAAUACACUUAUUACAGGGCUAUAUAAAGAGUUACUGAAGAGAACACUGCUGACUUCUAAGCAAAAUGAAGUUCCUUCUAUUACUUUCAGCCAUUGGGCUCUGCUGGGCCCAGUAUAACCCACAUACCAAAUAUGGCCGAACAGCUAUAGUCCAUCUGUUUGAGUGGCGCUGGGAUGAUAUUGCUCUUGAAUGUGAGCGCUAUUUAGCUCCCAAAGGAUUCGGAGGGGUUCAGAUAUCUCCACCAAAUGAAAAUGCUGUGAUUAAUAGCCCUUCAAGACCUUGGUGGGAAAGGUAUCAACCGAUUAGCUACAAGUUAUGCACAAGAUCUGGAAAUGAAAAUGACUUCAGAGACAUGGUGACUAGAUGUAACAAUGUUGGCGUCCGUAUUUAUGUGGAUGCUGUAAUUAAUCACAUGUGUGGAAAUGCUAUGGGUUCAGGAACAAGCAGUACUUGUGGAAGUUACUACAACACUGGAAAUAGGGAUUUUCCAGCUGUCCCAUAUUCUGGUUGGGAUUUUAAUGAUGGUAAAUGUAAAACUGGAAAUGGAGAGAUUAAUAACUAUAAUGAUAUUUAUCAGGUCAGAGAUUGUCGUCUAGUCGGUCUUCUUGAUCUGGCACUGGAAAAAGAUUAUGUACGUUCCAAAGUUGCUGAAUAUAUGAACCACCUCAUUGACAUUGGUGUGGCAGGAUUCAGACUUGAUGCUUCCAAGCAUAUGUGGCCUGGAGACAUAAAAGCGGUUAUGGAUAAACUUCAUAAUCUGAACACCAACUGGUUUCCUGAAGGCAGUAGACCUUUCAUUUAUCAAGAGGUAAUUGAUCUGGGUGGUGAGCCAAUUAAAGGCAGUGAAUACUUUGGAAAUGGUCGUGUGACAGAAUUUAAAUAUGGUGCAAAACUAGGCACAGUUCUACGCAAAUGGAAUGGAGAAAAAAUGGCUUACUUAAAGAACUGGGGAGAGGGCUGGGGUAUGGUGCCUUCUGACAGAGCCCUUGUCUUUGUGGAUAACCAUGACAAUCAGCGAGGGCAUGGGGCUGGUGGAGCAUCUAUACUUACAUUCUGGGACCCAAGAUUGUAUAAAAUGGCAGUUGGAUUUAUGCUUGCUCAUCCUUAUGGAUUUACUAGAGUGAUGUCAAGCUACCGUUGGCCAAGAUAUUUUGAGAAUGGAAGGGAUGUUAAUGACUGGGUUGGUCCACCAAAUGAUUCUGGAGUAAUUAAGAGAGUUACGAUUAAUCCAGAUACUACUUGUGGCAAUGACUGGGUCUGUGAACAUCGCUGGCGUCAAAUAAGGAACAUGGUUGCUUUCCGUAAUGUAGUUGAUGGUCAGCCUUUCACAAACUGGUGGGACAAUGGAAGCAACCAAGUGGCUUUUGGCAGGGGGAACAAAGGAUUCAUUGUCUUUAACAAUGAUGACUGGUCUUUGUCUUCAACUUUGCAAACUGGUCUUCCUGCUGGAACAUACUGUGAUGUCAUUUCUGGAGAUAAAGUUGGUAACAGUUGCACAGGAAUCACGGUCAAUGUUUCUGGCGACGGCAAUGCUCAUUUUUCCAUAAGUAACUCUGCUGAGGAUCCAUUUAUUGCAAUUCACGUUGAGUCCAAAUUAUAAAAUUCAAUUAAAUGCAUAUACUAAAAA